AUGGCUGAUUCAGAAGACCAGUGGGAAAGACUUGCAAGAAAACUCAACAGAAUGUCAAAGAGGAAAACGAAAAGGAACAAAUCUAUCUGGAAUUUUCAGAAUAAAAUAAUUCUCUUUACAGUAAUUCUCUUUAUUGUUGGUGUUAUAACGUGGACAUUAUUGUGGCUCUUUAUUGUGCAGUCAGAAAGCAAAGAUGCUUUGUACUUUGUUGGAUUAUUUCGGGUUGCCAAUAUCGAAUUUCUCCCUGAGUAUCGGCAGAAGGAAUCUAGAGAGUUCCUCUCUGUAGCACAGAAUGUUCAGCAAGUGAUGAACUUGGUAUAUACCAAAUCUGCUUUCUCCAAAUUUUAUAAGCAGUCCAUUGUCUCAGAUGUCAGUAAUAACAACAAUGGGGGACUACUUGUGCAUUUCUGGAUUGUGUUUGUGGUGCCACAGGCUAAAGGUCCAGUCUUUUGUGAAGAUUGUGUAGCUGCUAUUUUGAAGAACUCAAUUCACACAAGCAUCACAAAUCGAACUUCAAUAGGGAGUCUUCAAGGCCUGGCUGUUGAUAUGGACUCCAUUGUGCUUAGCGUUGGGCUCCGAUCAGAUUACUCUUCAACAACUGGAACAGGUACAAACUGCAUGUAUGAUCUGCAUGCAGACCGACUACAUCAACACUUUCCACUGGAUAUUUCAGAAAAAUCAGGAAGAAUGAUCUGCUAUUUCAAAUUGAUAGCAUUGGUUGGCUACCUAAUUCGUCUUUCUAUAGCAUCCAUUCAGCUUGAAGCUGAUAACUGCAUCACAGAUUCAUUGACCAUUUAUGAUUCUCUGAUGCCAAUCAAAAGUAAGAUACUGUAUCGAAUUUGUGAACCAAGCAAUUCACUCCGGUCUUUUGUUUCUACUAAUAAUAUGAUGCUGGUGACACUGAAGUCUUCUCAAAUGAGGAAAGCAAAGGAAUUCCGUGGCUACUUUGAAGUCAUUCCACAAGAAAAAUGUGGCAAAGCGAUAGUAGAAUUAGGAAACACUCGCUUUGAAGGAAGAAUCAUGAGUCCAUAUUACCCAAGCUACUACCCACCGAAAUGCAUUUGUUCUUGGACUUUUCAGACUCCCAAGAAGAACUUCGGUAUAGCACUGAAAUUUCAUAACUAUACUAUAAAUGAAAAAAGCAUAAAAGGCUGUGAGCAUGGGUGGUGGAAAAUUAAUGAACAUAUGUACUGUGGCUAUUACAUUGAUCAUCCAACAAUAUUCCGUGUUGCAAACUUUGGGGUCAAUGUUGAAUUUCAAUGUAGUUCCAAGAUUUCAGAGAAGCCACUCCUUGUGGAACAUGGAAUCUACAACAUCAGUCAACCCUGUCCUCUUGGAUCUUUUGAAUGCCGCACUGGCUUAUGCAUCCAAAGAUAUCAGCAUUGUGAUGGGAUCAAUGACUGUUUCGAUGAAAGUGAUGAGCUCUUCUGUGGUACAACAAAACAAAACUGUAGCACUAACUUCUUAAUGCAACACCAUUCCAUUUUUUGUGAUGGAAUAAAUGACUGUGAAGAUGGCCGAGAUGAACAACAUUGCACUGAAAGUAUUCCAUGUACCAAUAAUACCUUCAAGUGCAGAAACAAUGUUUGCUUCAGGAAACAAAAUGCAAGAUGUGAUGGAAUUGUAGACUGCCUUGAUCGAAGUGAUGAAAGCAGUUGUAGCUGUGGCAGCACUAAAUAUACCAAUGGACAUCUUCGGAUUGUGGGGGGUUCGGAUACACAGGAAGGCGAAUGGCCGUGGCAAGUCAGCCUCCAUUUUGCUGGAGUUGCAUAUUGCGGUGGAUCGGUUAUAUCAAAAGAAUGGCUUAUCUCAGCUGCCCAUUGUUUUCAGGGGAAUAGGUUAUCAGACCCUAGAAUCUGGACAGCACAUUUGGGAAUGCGUACUCAAGGAAAAGCCAAAUUUGUCUCUACUCUGAGGCGAAUCAUCAUCCACGAAUACUAUAAUAGCCAAAAUUAUGACUACGACAUUGCCUUGCUGCAACUAAGUACACCAUGGGCUGACACAAUGAAAUCAUUAAUUCAGCCGAUCUGUCUACCUCCUGCCACAUCCAGAGUGUAUCCAGGGGAAAAAUGUUGGGUAACAGGAUGGGGACAGAAACAAGAAGCAGAUGAUGAAACACCAGCAGUUCUACAAAAAGCAGAGGUAGAAAUUGUGGAUCAAACAUUGUGCCACUCAACAUAUGGGCUUAUCACAGCCCGUAUGCUAUGUGCUGGGAUGAUGUCAGGUAAAAGGGAUAGCUGCAAGGGAGAUUCUGGAGGACCUCUCUCUUGCCGAAGCAAAGGUGAUGGCAAGUGGUUUCUCAUAGGAAUCGUCAGCUGGGGGUAUGGCUGUGGAAGACCUAAUUUCCCUGGAGUAUACACAAGGGUGUCAAAUUUUGCUACAUGGAUUCACAAAUAUGUGCCUUCUGUUUUUUAUGAAGGAAAGAAUGGCCUUCGAGCUUAUUAUUGGAGUACAUUUUGGGUCCCACAAGAUGUUGCCACCUCUAUUAAAAAUACACCUUUGGCCAAGGAAAAGAGAAUAACUGGUAAAAGGACAUCUCCAGUCACUAAUAACACUGCUGAUCCAUUUCCUUUAGAAGAAGAUUUUGAUACUAUUACUCUGGAGCUUUUUGCAUAUAAAAGUUGUUCACAGAAUGCAUAUAAAUGUCUAAAUGGAAAAUGUCCCAUAAAGCCGAGCCCAGAAUGUGAUGGUGUACGAGACUGUGCGGAUGGAUCUGAUGAAAUGAACUGUGCCUGUGGAAGGAAUCACCUAAAAAGGCCCAGGAUUGUUGGUGGUGAAAAUGCAAGAACUGGAAAGUGGCCUUGGCAAGCUAGCUUGCAGCUGGGAACAUAUGGCCAUAUCUGUGGUGCAUCUAUUAUUUCCAAUAGGUGGUUGGUAUCUGCUGCCCAUUGCUUUCAGGACUCUGAUUCUAUAAGAUACUCGAUAGCAUCUGGCUGGACAGCAUAUAUGGGUAUAAAGACCAUUAACAAAAACAGCAAUGAUUAUGUAGCGAUGAGAGCAGUCAAAAGGAUUAUUGUCCAUCCGCAUUAUGACCAAUAUAUCUCAGACUAUGAUAUUGCCCUAUUGGAACUGGAGGCACCAGUAUUCUUCACUGAGCUGGUACAGCCCAUAUGUUUACCAAGCACUCCUAGAGUAUUUAUUUAUGGAACUGUCUGCUAUGUAACUGGCUGGGGAGCCAUAAAAGAAAAUAGUCAGCUUGCAAAAACAUUACAAGAGGCCAAAGUGAAAAUAAUUAACCAAAGUGUUUGUAGCAAGCUUUAUGACGAUCUGAUUACUUCUCGGAUGCUGUGUGCUGGGAACCUUAAUGGUGGCAUUGAUGCAUGUCAGGGUGACUCGGGAGGUCCAUUAGCCUGUUUUGGAAAGGGAAACAGGUGGUACCUGACAGGGAUUGUCAGCUGGGGCGAAGGAUGUGCUCGAAGGAAUCGUCCGGGAGUUUACACCAAGGUCACAGCGCUGUAUGACUGGAUUCGUCAGCAUGCAAACUGACAAUAGGUUGAACCCCAAACCAGAAUGCCAUGUACUUUCUUAUAGGAGUGCCUCACUUAUGAUAAAGGAAAUUUGAUAUAA